ACAAUUCACAACCCAAUUUCCCCAACUUUCAAAGUAGUAGCCAAACUAUACCCUCCCUCCAAAGGCUGCUUCUACAAUGGCUCUAUCCUCCCCUUCCUUUGCCGGAAAGGCAGUGAAGCUCUCCCCAACAGCCUCCGAAGUGCUUGGCUCAGGCCGUGUCACAAUGAGGAAAGCAACCUCCAAGGCCCCAGUGUCCUCGAGCCCGUGGUAUGGCCCAGACCGUGUUAAGUACUUGGGUCCAUUCUCCGGUGAGUCCCCGAGCUAUCUUACUGGUGAAUUCCCCGGAGACUAUGGGUGGGACACUGCUGGACUCUCUGCCGACCCAGAGACAUUCUCUAAGAACCGCGAGCUUGAGGUCAUCCACAGCAGAUGGGCCAUGUUGGGUGCCUUAGGUUGUGUCUUCCCCGAGCUCUUGGCUCGCAACGGUGUUAAGUUCAGUGAGGCAGUUUGGUUCAAGGCUGGAUCUCAAAUCUUCAGCGAGGGUGGGCUUGACUAUUUAGGCAACCCAAGCUUGGUACAUGCUCAAAGCAUCUUGGCCAUCUGGGCUACCCAAGUUGUUUUGAUGGGAGCUGUGGAGGGUUACCGUAUUGCUGGAGGGCCACUUGGGGAGGUGGUCGACCCAUUAUACCCUGGCGGUAGCUUUGACCCAUUAGGUUUGGCCGAGGACCCGGAGGCUUUUGCAGAGCUUAAGGUAAAGGAGCUCAAGAACGGUAGGCUUGCGAUGUUUUCUAUGUUUGGAUUCUUUGCUCAGGCUAUUGUGACCGGAAAGGGACCACUAGAGAACCUUGCAGAUCAUCUUGCCGACCCUGUCAAUAACAACGCAUGGUCUUAUGCUACAAACUUUGCUCCCGGAAAGUGAGAAUUAUUUUAGAUUAGAGGGAUGUAAGAUUAUCUAUGAUGGCAUGUAAAUUGUUUGUUAAAGUUGGGUUAAUAUGAAAAUUCUUUACUCAA